AUGUUUUUUCUUUCCAAUUAUGAAUUGUUUUUUGAGGUCAUCAACAACUUAACUGUCUUGUUAAUUACAUUUAUAUCAUUAUCCGUGUUUAGAUAUUAUUAUUUGUAUUUCACACGAGAGAAUCCACUCCCGGGACCAUUUCCGUUACCAUUGGUGGGUUCAAUACAUCACGUGUUUUAUGGAGACCUUCAAAAAUAUUUCUUGAAAGUUUAUCAAAAGUAUGGAGAUUUAACCGAGGUCUGGUUUGCAGAUUUUCGAAUCAUAUUAACAAGCAGAGAGGAUUAUAUUGAAAGUUUCGUAUCACCUUCAACAAAAUCAAAAUAUUCAAUGAGAAAUCCCUAUAUAGAAGGUCUUGAUGAAUUUUUAAAUAUAAAAACAGGAGUAAUUGUAAAUCAUGAUUAUAAAUCAUGGAAGUUUAAUAGAAUGUUUCUUAUAAAAACUAUUGCAGAAAAAAAACUUUUGGAUGAAACAAUUGAAUCGCUUCAAGAAAAAUUUAAAGAAAUGAAUGGAUAUUGGAAUGAUCUUCUUAAUGAAGUAGAAGGAGAAACACUCAAUAUUGACUUUAUUCAAUGGAUACAAAGAUUUGUCACUGAUAAUAUUCUGCCAUCAAUGACUGGCAAAAAAUCCCAUUCAUCCUUGGUAAGAUAUUAUUAUUAUAGUUUGAAAAAUAUUAAUAAUGCUUCUGAAUCAUUGGAGUUGGAAUCUUUACUAGUUAACAUAAAAUCAGUAGUGGAUGGCGUAGAUUAUUUUGCAUUUACACCUUAUAUAAUGAGACACUAUGUUCCGAUAAUAAGAAAUAACACCAAAGUAUAUCUAAAGAAUAGGGAUUGUUUAUGGGAAAAGUUUGGGAAAUUUAUUGUUGAAAAAAAAAAAGAAAUCGAGAAAAUUGAAAGUAAGGAUAAAUUAAGAUAUGAUAUCUUGACUGCAUUAAUUACUGCAAAUACAGAUAAAGAUAUGCUUAAUAUUAAGAGAUUUGAUGAUGAGAAAUUUAAUAGACCUUUAACCAAUGAAGAAAUUAGAGGAGUUUUAGUUGAUGUUUUUUUUGCUGGAGUUGAUACCACCUCAAACUUCUUUACUGCAGUAAUAUAUUACAUAGGAAAACAUCCAAUGGUUUUAAAGAAAUUACACGAAGAAAUUGAUAAAGUAUUUUUUAAUAAUGGUGGUAUUAAUGACAAUAAUAUCGUUAUCACUCAAGAAAAAUUAUCUAAUUUAGUUUAUUGUGAAGCCAUUAUCAAAGAAACUGCAAGACUGUCACCAAUUAAUGCAUUUGUUGAUCGUAUAAAUACUGAAAAGGACACAAUCAAGAGCCAUGAAUGGCCAACCAAUACAGUAUUUUUAAUGAACACAGUAGCUUUGAAUUUAGAUCCAUUGAAAUGGGAAAAUCCCAAUGUAUUUGAUCCUGAUCGAUUUUUUAAUAAUAAAAAGGAUGCUUUGAUGUUUGGUGGUGGUCAUAGAAUAUGUCCAGGAAGAAAAUUAGCAAUGGUUCAGAUGAAAUGUUUAUUGGUUUUAAUUUAUCAUUAUUGGGAUGUUGAAUUAGUCAAUAAAAAUGAACCUCUUAAAGGUAGAUAUUUAACCAUUAGAAGGAUUUCAGAAUUGUUGGUUAGAAUUAAACCACGCAAAAUUUAA